CACCUAAAACGUUCGCCCCCACCGGGGCACCCUUUUCUUUCCCUGGUGUUCCCAAAACGCCUUCCGACAAUCAAACAAGUCCAAACGGCGAAUUCCGAAGCACACCAACUUUGACCCAGAGCCCAAGUCUUCCCUCUGUGGAAUAUCCCAUAAAUUUUGUUUAAACUGCCAUGAAAUCAUCCGAAAAGUAUGCUGUGACGUAUGCCUACACCUUCCAGACGUCAUCAGACGACGACGAGGACAUGACGGAGACCGUUACAGACAUGGCAGCAUCCGUGAGGGCGGUGGAGGAACUCCUGAAUUACAAGUUUAAGAACAAGAUGCUUCUAGAAGAAGCUCUGACUCAUUCUUCUUACACUGAUUCGGCAUCUUACCAGCGGCUUGAGUUCGUCGGCGAUGCCGCUCUUGGGUUAGCCGUCUCUAACUACGUGUUCCUGGCUUACCCGGACCUUGACCCGGGCCAGCUCUCUCUUCUUCGGGCUGCCAAUAUUAGCACCGAGAAGUUAGCUCGUGUCGCCGUCAGACAUGGCCUUCAUAAAUAUGUUCGUCACAAUGCCGCUGCUCUUCACGAUAAAGUGAGAGAUUUUGCAACAGCGGUAGGGCAGGAGGAUGAAACAGAGGUAUAUGGAGGGGCAAUUAAGGCUCCAAAGGUUCUUGCUGACAUAGUGGAGUCGGUGGCUGCAGCUGUAUAUGUAGAUUGCGGGUUUGAUCUGCAAGCGUUGUGGGUGAUAUUUAGGGGCUUAUUGGAGCCAAUUGUCACACCUGAUGUACUACAACAUCAGCCUCAACCAGUAACAUUGCUAUUCGAAUUGUGCCAGAAAGAUGGAAAGCAUGUCGAUAUAAGACAUUGGAGAAAAGGGGAAAAAAACAUUGCAAGUGUUUAUGUUGAUGGGCAAUUUGCUGCCUCAGCUUGUUCUGAUCAGAAAGAAAAUGCAAAGCUUCAUGCAGCUAGGGCUGCUUUGCGGAAGUUAUCUUACAAAGCUAGUGAAAAGAUUGGUGGAGACAUUAUAGGUGAAGUCAAUGGAUCUACUACUAAGAUUGAAAGUGCAAAACAAAAACUUCAUGAGCUCUGUGGAAGGAAAAGAUGGCCAAAACCAAACUACAGAAUUGAAAAGGAGAUAGGUCCAGCUCAUGAUAGGCGAUUUAUAUGCUCUGUUCAAAUUGAGAUUGCCGAGGCUGUGCUUUUUGUGACGGGAGAUGAAAAAUCAAGAGUGAAGGAGGCAGAGAACUCUGCAGCUUCUCUGAUGCUACUAGGUCUGCAAGGCUCUUAAGUACUAAUGAUGACCUAGGUGUAGAAUCAUGGAAAAUUGUAACCUGCUGUGUUGGUAGACAUUGUAGAAGCUGGAAAAGCAGAACGAUUUUCUUCAUUAUUUCUAUAUUAUUAGUUCAAUAAAUAUUGUAUUUUCUUUUACUUUUGAAUCGAUAAAUGAUCAUUGCUAUGGAUUAAGGUUCUAGUUGUACCGU